GUUAUUCCCGCAGUCAGUAGAAAGUGCCAUUCUACAAUGAUUGGACAAGAAGGCUCUCAGGGUAACUGUGUGACUGGAGACAACUCUGUCUCUAUAGUUUGGUUUCGAGGACACGAUUUGAGAGUAGAAGACAAUCACGCACUGUCUGCUGCAGUUGAAAGAGGUUGUGGUAUAUUGCCCUUGUUUAUUUGGGACGAAGAAUUGCUUAGAGACGCUGGUUAUGGAAAUUGGUGGAAGUGGUGGCUCUUUACCUCUCUCAGGUGCCUUCAUAAACAAAUUUUGAAGCUUGGAAAUCGACUUGUUUUUCUUGAAGGAAAUAUACAAGACACUCUGGUUUCUCUGGUACAGAAAGUGGGAGCAGAUGCAAUAUUCUGGAAUAGAGACUUUGACCCAUCUUCCAUGUCUUUAGAUAGGAAAGUAAUAGAGAAAAUGAAAAUGUUGCAACUGAAGAUAUCAAUACACGAAGGCAAUGCAUGGAGCAGGCAAUGGGAGAGAAUAGACAACCAGCAGACAAAAUGCCUUCCUGAAACAUUUUCAGGUUUCAUGAAACUUUGGGUAUCGUCCUUACGCUUGAAACCAAUUGAUAAACCAAAGACUAUUCUGAAGCCAAUCAUUCCUCAUAUGAAUGGUAUGAAGAUAUUUCAUUUGGACGAUAGUGAAAGAGAAAAUGAAAUUUCAACAACAACGGAAGCGGCAAAAUGGAGUCCAGGCUGUGUAGCAGCAAAGUAUGCUUUGAAGAAACUUCAAAUUCAUCAUAUCAUCAACUACAGUGAAAACUAUUUUAGAAAGGAUAUGCCUAUAUGGUCACAGUUCAGUCCUUAUGUUCGAUUUGGCGAGAUUACUAGUCAUCAAGUUUAUCAUGAGUUGAACGAGAUAUCUGAAAGUACCCUGAACAUCAACAACUCUUCUUUGAGGGAAUAUCCUUUUCUUCGAAACUUGUGUUUACGAGACUUUUUUCGAUACUUAUUUAUUCAUCAUCCAGAAUUAUCGAGAUCUUCGUUUAUGGAAUAUUUCUCCCGCUUUCCUUCCAAGUUUGAUAAAUACUUAUAUGACUCAUUUGUCCAAGGCCAAACUGGUUAUCCAAUUAUAGAUGCUGCUGUUCGUGCUCUUCGCUUUCGAGGUUGGAUUCAUACGUGCCUUCGUUCUUUGCUUGUUAAAUUUUUUGUAUUUUCUUUGAUGCUUCCGUCGGAGAUAUUAUCUCAUUGGUUCUAUUCUAGUUUCAUUGAUGCAGAAUUUUACACGAAUACAGUUUUCAUAGAAAAUACGCUCGAGUCAUCCGUACGAAGUUCCCUCAAUAAUAUAACCUAUCAUUCAGCAGCAAGUAGAAGAAUAGAUCCACUUGGUAAAUUUAUCAAGCGUUGGGUCUCGGAAUUGUCCAAGAUGGACUCUAGAUAUAUUCAUUCGCCAUGGAAAGCUUCUAAAGACUAUCUGAACGCUUGCAGUGUGAAGCUCGGAAUUUCUUAUCCAUAUCCCAUUAUAUAUCCCCGUUUGGCAAGAAAGAGAGCUAGAGAUGCAAUAGAAUUCUUUCAGGAAUUGUAUUCUUUACAAAAAAUUGGAAGAAUGUUGGAAGAUAGAAAUUUCGGUUUCUCUAGAAGAAGAAAACGAAGCUACAAAUAUCUUUCAAAUCCUAUCGAAUCGGAAUCCUCCAAAUGUAGGAGAACAUGCCGUAACCUUUCCAGUAGCAAGAAGAAGACGCAGCAAUUUGAUAGAAACACGUUGCAGUUAAACAAACAACAUAAUAACAACACUUGUAAUGCAGUGAUAGAAGGGACACCUAUUCUGAAAGUCUCUUGCUACAGACAACACUUACAUAUCAGCUCACCUUCAGCUACGAAUGCUUGUACCGUUUGCAACCAUGCAACUAGUCCGUCGGAGAGAAGUCCAUGGCUGAGUGUCUUUGAUAAUUGGAAUAUGGAGGGAAUGACUUCUCCUGAAAUACUUUCGCCUAGUUUUGAAUUCAUAUCCUCUUUAUUCUAUUCUGGAGACGUCAAGAAAAAUAGCAAUUUAUUCAAUACAGAAGAUUACGAAUCCCCGCACAUAUUGUGGAGUCCUAAAAGUCGGAUGAUUCCCAAAAGUCCCAUAAGGAAAUACAAAGAGUAUUCAUUGCUAUCUAUAGACAUUAGCCUACCGAAACAACAUCCAGUAUAUUCAUAUGACUUUAAUGAUGUUCAAGAAAGUGUUCCUAUGGACUCUUCGUUAGCCCAACCAAGCAACGUGAGCCCAAAUGAGUCGAUUGUUUUAGAAAACCAGAACGACAUUUCCCCGAGUGAGUCUUCUAAAGAACAACAUUCAUUCCAAGAGAUGAAUAGAGAAGAAAAACGACAAAUACUAGAAAAUAUUUCACAAGAUUCAGCUUCAGUCUUUUGUACAUUGGCCCGCUUCAUUUUACUCAACUAUAACUUGACCGAAUGUUCAUCUCGGGAGUGCUCCAAGGAUUUUGAAAGAUUACGAAAUAUAAAGAAUGUUUACGAUAGUUGGAAACCAGCAGAAGCAAAAUCGUUGAAGCUUCACCAAAUGAAGCAUUUCUUUGGUAACUUUUUGAAGUUGGAUGUUAGUGAUGAACGAGACCGUCAUUAUCACGGUGGCAUUAGGGGUCCAUAUGUAUAUGGUAUCAAAAGAAAGCUAACGCGAUAAGCUCGAGUAGAAACAAAUACACGUAGCAAAGUAAACUUUUCAUUUUUUGA